AGGUACCAUGGAUUCUUUAGAGGAUCUUUCUGCUCUCUCCCCUCAGGUUCAGCUCAGAGACCAGCUCAUCAUUUGUCCCAGGAAGUGACAAUCCAGUUUAUUUGACUACUGGGGAUGCUGCUGCUGCCCAUCGUCUGCUGGGAUAUCUGAUUGCUAGGAAGGGAUCAGGAAUCUCAGAAAUAGGCAUGAAUCAGUUUUGAUACUUGGGGAGGAAAAGACUGGAACUGUGACUUGAAUGUAAGCAACACAGAAACAUCUGCCUGAGUCUGCAGAGAGCCUGAGAUCAUUCUCUGAAAUGGAGGGGAGCUGCCCCAUGCAUCUCAAUGGAGUGUUAACCCAAAGACCUGCUGUUGUGGAGGCCCCCCCAUCAAGACCACUCCAGUGAAGGACUCUGUAUGUGGCAGGAGGGGAAGAAUGCAGUGGGCCUAGCUCGUGCACCCCCCACCUAGUUAAAGACACCAAUCCUGCGCUGUCUCCUUGCCCCCUUCAUUCCCCAGCAUCUUGGGAAGAAGGUGGCGCACAGACCCUGAAGUGGGAAAUGUGGACUUCUGUGAACCCUGUAAUGAAGGGGAGGAGCUGGGAAGAGGACGAUGGGCCAGGAAGAGUGAAGGGCUUGUGUUGUUUUGUUUGGAUUCUUACUUACCCUGGAAGAGGGAGGACAUUUGUUGACAUGGUGACUGUGAAGAGCUAAACUGAAUUUACUACCUAACUGCUAUGCGGAAACUGAGGAACAGGCCCACUGGAUGCCAGGCCAGAUCGGCUGGAGAGUCUGGAGCAGGGCGGGGACCAGGGCCAGGACCUCCGCCCCGGCUUGGCUUGGCGGCUGCUGAAUUGGACCCAGACAGAUAAAGAGCUGACCCCAGCCCAACACCUGCAGCAGCAUCUGUAGCCUGAGUGUCGCUGAGAGAGACAAUGGAGCCAACAACUGGACCUGCUGAGAGUGAAGUGCCGCUGCAGGAGAGAGUUAACGGCAAUGGACACCUGAAGACUGGAGGGAAGCCAGAACCUCAUUGUAACUACAGGAGAUGUAAUUACUACCAUAAAUGUACAGUUGUGCUCGCAGUUGCCCUUCCAGUUGUGUCCUUAUGUCUCAUCAUCGCUGUUAUUGACCUGGCAGGUGAGUUCUCAGCCCUCCCUCCCUCCCUCCCACCCCCCUCUCUGCGCAUCCCAUUCCCCCUGGAGCCACCACAGUCACAGUCUCUCCUCCCGGCCUGUCUGGCUUCUGCCCCUGGGACAGAGGAUUCCGGGGGGAUGUUCCUCCAUGACCCUCCUCCUGCUCCCCCCAGACCCCGGCACCUGGGCACUCUCUGUGUCGGACGAUUGUUGCGAUCUAGGUGUCCUCCAGCUGCCCUGGGCCCCUGCUGCCCGGAUGGCUGGGUCGGAUACCGAGGGAAAUGCUACUAUUUCUCAGAGGCCGAAGGGAACUGGAACAACAGCCAGAGCAACUGCUCCUCCCUUGGUGCCUCCCUGGCUGGGAUCGACACCCUGCAGGACCUGGCUUUCCUGCUGCGCUAUAAAGGCAAACCCCACCACUGGGUCGGCCUCCGGAGGGACCCGGGGCAGCCCUGGAAAUGGGUCAAUGGCACCGAAUUCAACCACCUGUUUGUGAUAACAGCAGAUGGUGACUGCGCGUAUCUGAAUGAUGAGAAUAGGGUCAGCAGCUUGCGAUGCACCAGUGAGAGACACUGGAUCUGCAGCAAACCUGAUGCGUUUACAGAGGCAAAGGAGGCGGCAGUGGAAGGGGGCUCAUAACAAUAGUCUAUCAAAAUUAGCCCUGGAAAAGCCUGUUCACUCCCUUCCAGGAGCUCAUUGGCAAGCCAUGAUAAGUUUGUCAGUAACAGAAGUGAUAAACUAGUUGCUGUGCUCACGGCAGAACAACAGGAGAAGUGGCGUCUUAAAUUCCCCACGGUCUGGACCCAGAAGAAAACAGAUUGUGGUAGAAUUAACUCUUGUGUUAAAAUUGACCGGUUUGCCUUCACCAUCAGAGACCAGCAGUACACAUUUCAGCGCCUACCCCAAGGAUUCCAAGACUCUCCAGCUAUCGCCCACAAACAUGUGGUAGAUAUGCUGGACCAGUUAAGUCCUUCUGACCGACCACUUGUCUAUUCCUAUGUGGAUGAUAUUUUGGUUUUUGGCCAGCUCGAGACACAGGUGCAAAGACUUACAGAGGACGUCCUUGCACUGAUCCAGGACACCGGCUUCAAGAGGAACAAUUGGAAAGCCGCAGACGGGAAAGAGAUAGCAUAUGGAGAUGGAUUUGUGCCUGGGUUACCUCUCAUCCCAACCAGUUUAAAAUCAAACAUGUCAAGGCACAUGGAAAAGGCUCCACAGCUGAAACAGUAUGGAAUAACCAUGCUGAUGCCAUAG